AUGGAUUCUCCUUUGUUGGAACUCCAUCACCAUGUUUCUACCAAUCGGAAGAUUUUUCUAUAUUUCCUUCUCCUCUUUGUUGCUUCCAACGUUAUUGGACUAGCAGUAAGAGGUGGCAUAAAUUUUGGGAUAUUGAAAGGAGCAGAAAGAUAUAAUGAUGGAAAAACAGACAAUAAGGGACAAGUUAUUGAAUCUGAAAUUGGAGUUGUUGCAACUGACGAUGUUAGGUGUUCGGCUGUUGGUGUUUCAAUGCUUAAGAUUGGUGGGCAUGCUGUUGAUGCUGCAGUGGCUGCUGCGUUAUGCAUUGGUGUUGUUUUACAGGCUUCAAGUGGCAUAGGAGGUGGUUCUUUCAUGGUUGUGAAAUCAUCUUCUAGCUCUAAUGCACAAGCUUUUGACAUGAGAGAAACUGCUCCUAUUGCUGCCUCACAGAACAUGUAUCAAGAUAAUCCGGAAGCAAAGUACUUAGGUGCCUUGUCAAUGGGAGUUCCAGGUGAGUUAGCUGGCCUUCAUGCGGCGUGGUUGAAGUAUGGAAGAUUGCCAUGGAAGACGUUAUUCCAACCAGCUAUAGAACUUGCGAAAAAUGGUUUUGUAGUGUCUCCUGCUCUCCGUAAUUUUAUAGCUUCAUCUGAAAAUAAGAUAAUGAGUGAUCCCGGGUUAAGAAAUAUAUACGCGCCUAAUGGAGUUUUGCUAAGAGAAGGUGAGAUAUGUAGAAAUGCGGAACUUGGACAAACUUUGGAGAUAGUGGCAGAGGAAGGGAUACGUACUUUCUACAAUGGAACCAUUGAUGCAAUGGUUGUGAAUGUGAUGGGAUACACCAUAUAUGGAAUGCCACCUCCUUCAAGUGGAACACUUGGUCUUUCUCUGGUCCUAAACAUCUUGGAUAGUUAUGGAAGUCUCGAUGCUGCAAAAGGAAAUUUAGACUAUCCAGCGCCGGAUACUUGA